CAUUCAACCUCUGUAGUCAGCAGAAUGAGUGGCUGAGCAGAGCAGUGCAGCAUCCACAGCUCCUGCAUCCUGCAGAUGAGUCUGCUCCGAGGAAGAGAGGGAUAAAAAGAUCCUGCCUGGCAGAGAAAAACAGUCACAGAUGAAGAAAGGCAGAAAGGGGAUGAAAAGCACAGAGGGAGAAAGAGGGCAAAAUGACAGGACCUGAGUAAAAGGUGCUGCCUAAGGACAACUGCAGCGAUACUAAAUCUGGAGCUGUCAGGACAACCCUCAGUGAGCCAGCGAGUUAGAAAGGCGAGGAUAGAAGGAGGAGAGAAGAAGUGGAUUUGAAGAGCUGAUCUUAUCACUCUGGACAAGCUAAGAUGGGAACCUUGAGAGCCUCUCCAUCACCAGAUCAAACUUCACAUCAGGGAAAAGCCAUCAGGUUGUUGUCUUGAAGCUCCUUCUUCAGGGAAUUGAGAAAACAGAGAAGAGAUAUCUCCUAGUAGUUCCACAAGCUGGUGGAACGAACCUCACACAGGACACUUACUGCUGAACUGCUCAGCGCUGCUCAAAUCUCUCCUGUCCUAACCCCCCUCAGCCCUCCAUCACACCUGGCUGCUCUUGCUAGAUGUCUUCUCUGCAUGCUCUCCCACUGCUCAGCAGUUGAACACACUCAUGGUCGAUGCCAAGGGAAGGAACAUGAAAUGUCUGACUUUCUUCUUAAUGCUUCCUGACUCAGUAAAAAGCAAGUCAAGCAAAAGCUCCAAGAAAGGGAAUGCCAGCGGCAGCUCCAAACUGCCCCCAGUCUGUUAUGAGAUAAUUACCCUGAGGAGCAAGAAGAAGAAGAAGAUGUCCUCGGAAAUUUUUCCCACCAAGAAGCCGGCAUCCACCCCCACCAUGGUGCAGGAGUACCAGCAGCAGAACCUGAACAACAACAACACGAUACAGAACUGCAACUGGCAGGGACUCUACUCAACUAUAAGAGAAAGAAAUUCAGUGAUGUUCAACAAUGAGCUGAUGGCAGAUGUUCAUUUUGUCGUGGGUCAGCCUGGAAGGACCCAGCGGCUGCCGGGUCACAGAUAUGUAUUAGCUGUGGGCAGUUCAGUAUUUCAUGCCAUGUUUUAUGGCGAACUUGCAGAGAACAAGGAUGAAAUCCAUAUACCAGAUGUGGAACCAGCAGCAUUUCUGGCAAUGCUAAAGUAUAUAUACUGUGAUGAAAUUGAUUUGACUGCAGACACUGUGCUGGCCACUCUCUAUGCUGCCAAAAAGUACAUCGUCCCUCACCUGGCACGUGCCUGCGUCAACUUCCUCGAGACGAGCCUGAGUGCCAAGAAUGCCUGUGUGUUGCUCUCCCAGAGCUGCCUGUUCGAGGAGCCGGAGUUGACACAGCGCUGCUGGGAGGUGAUUGAUGCCCAGGCUGAGCUGGCAUUACGUUCAGAGGGAUUCUGUGACAUUGACUCCCAGACCCUGGAGAGUAUCCUACAACGAGAGACACUCAAUGCUAAAGAGAUAGUGGUAUUUGAGGCCGCACUUAACUGGGCUGAGGCCGAGUGCCAGAGACAGGAGCUCACAUCUUCUACUGACAACAAGCGUAAGGUCCUGGGCAAGGCCAUGUACCUCUUACGUAUCCCUACAAUGGCUCUGGAUGAUUUUGCCAACGGAGCAGCCCAGUCUGGCGUGUUGACGCUUAAUGAGACCAAUGACAUCUUCUUGUGGUACACGGCAGCUAACAAGCCUGAGCUGAAGUUUGCGAGUCAGCCUAGGAAGGGCCUUGCGCCGCAACGCUGCCACAGAUUCCAAUCCUGUGCCUACCGAAGCAAUCAGUGGCGCUACCGGGGUCGCUGUGACAGUAUACAGUUUGCCGUGGAUAAAAGGGUUUUUAUCGCUGGGUUUGGUUUGUACGGAUCUAGCUGUGGCUCCGCAGAGUACAGCGCCAAGAUAGAGCUGAAGCGUCAAGGUGUGCUGCUGGGGCAAAACCUCAGCAAAUACUUCUCAGACGGAUCCAGCAACACCUUUCCAGUAUGGUUCGAGUAUCCAGUCCAAAUUGAGCCUGAUACCUUCUACACUGCCAGUGUUGUUCUGGAUGGAAAUGAGUUGAGCUACUUCGGACAGGAAGGGAUGACAGAGGUACAGUGUGGUAAAGUGACAUUCCAGUUCCAGUGCUCCUCAGACAGCACCAACGGCACAGGGGUGCAAGGAGGACAGAUCCCUGAACUUAUCUUCUAUGCUUGACAACACGUGUAACUACUCCUCUCAUUUUUAGUGCACUUACUGAAGCAGACAUUUAUCACUUUGUACAUAGAGGAAGGUGUUAUUAAUUUUUGUCGCAGCUUGAUGUUAGACCUAUGAGAUGUUUUCUUUACUUGUUUUGACUUGAGUGAAUGGUCCAGCUCUGGAUCGAUUUGCCCCUUCACCAUUUCAUAGUUGUGUCAUUUCAUCCCUUCAUACUUGCACUUUGUGGGCUGUACUAAAGCAAUGUGCACCAAUGAAAUGUUUUAUUUUUGUGGUUACAUAUUUUCAGGACUAAUAAUGAUAGAAUUUCUUAAAUCUAAUUUAUAAUUUAAUUUUAUUGCAAAAUAUUUUCUGAAAUAUUAAAAGGGUACAUUUUGUACUUUGUCCAUCAAAGUAUUUCUUUUCAUACUCUACAGCAGAAACUAGCUAUUUACAUACACUUUAUAAAGAUAAACAAUAUCUUUCCUCACUGUCUGACAUGAAAUCAAGUCUCCCCAUUUAGGUCAGUAAGAAAGACUAAAAUUAUUUCUGGUUAAAUGACACAAUUAUGAGAGAAAAUGUUUUAUUACCAUCUUGAUAGUAUGAAGUUUCCAUAUGGUAAGGUUACCAUGUCUUUAAACAAUUUGGGAAAACCCAGAUUAUUAUGUCAUGGUUUUUGUAAGCCUCUGAUAGGUUAGUUCAGGUCAAUUCAAAUCAGGAAGAGAAUUGUCCGGCCAUCAUUCUGUCGAGGAAGGAAGGAGACAGGUCCUAUGUCCCAGAGAUGAACAUGCUUUCAUCCAAAAUGUGCACAAAAGAAAAAGAUUUUGCGAAGAUGCUGGCUGAAGCUGAUAAGACAGCAUCAUUAUCCACAGUAAAACGAGUACUGUACUCACGUGGGCUGAAAAGGCACUCGGUGAGGAAGAAGUCAUUUCUCCAAAAGUAACAACAAUAUGCUAGUUUGUAGUUUGUAAAUGCUCUCAGGGACAAAUAUGUAAUUUUUAAAAACUGAAGAAAAAAUUAUCUCAAAAAAGUGAUCUAUAUCAUACUCAUUUAGUAAUUUAGCAAAUAGGAUUACUAAUAUGAUUCAUGUUGGACAGUAAGAAAAAGGUGUUAUGUGUCUAGUGGGACUGUGGGAUAUAUAAGAAUUACUUUGAAUCAUUGGUUGCUGAAGCUGGUCAAAAAUAUUCCCCUGGUAGGUAGAAAUUGACGCAUGGUCAGUAUGAAACACCCUGUGGUUGAUGGUUCUACUUCAUACCAGGAAAACAUUAACAUAUGGAAUGGCGAAGGGGCAAAAUAACCUGAACCUGGGUGUAGGAACAUUUAAAACAUUAAGUUGAUGAGUUAUCCAAAUAAAUAGAUAAACUACCCUGAUGUCCUGCUCUAGAACAAACAAACAAAAAAUACCUUGCACUAGAAGUGCAUGUACAUUUGAACAUAUGUAAAUUUUGAAAAAUGUAUACAAUGCCUCAGUUGUGGCCUAUGUUGGCUGUAAAGUUAUCUUAUAUUAUUAAACAAUGCUACAGUAUGUUUAUUAUUUCUAUACUUGCACAGAGUGCACAUACAUAUAAGCAAUACUUUAUAUUCUAGAUUGUAUGAGGAUCAUUUCAUGACAGAACUGUGUCUCUGGACCUUCAUCAUGGACGUGAAAAACGCUGCACAACAUUUAAAACCAACCCAUGAUAAAGAUCAAAAACAUGAGUAUGAGUAAAAAGUAUUGGUUAUUUGCAUUUAGGUGGUUUAAAAUGACGCCCUUUGAAUAUUGUUCUCGAAGCAUUAAAUAAAAUUACUCCAAUACCUCCUUUCAGUAACUCUGUAACACAUUUAUCUGCAUUUACACCCACAGUAAACCAUCAUCCUCCCUUGCAAAACAAUAGCCUCAUUUCCAAUGCUGCUUUGUUUCACAUUUACACAACAGAAACAGGAAAAGGUGAAUGGAAAUGAUAAAACCAACACAAUGUCUUAUUGAUGCCUGAGCAACGUUACAGCCCUCAUUCAGGUAGUUUUCAUCUGUUGUCUAUAAGACUUGAUUCCUAUAUAAGAUGAUGAUCAACAACAUGUCUGAUUAAAAUUACUUUUAGUUUUGUUUCUUUUCUUCUUCUGACAAACUUUGAACAGUGUAACCUUUAUUGCCAUCAUUCAGUGACGCUAUGUAGCUGCAUUAUUUGCCUUAAUCCAGGGAAGCAAGGUGUCUAAACAGCUUAUGUUUUGCUUUACAUUAUUUUUGCUUGUAAAAGAGGAACCUGAGUAAUGAGGAUAUGUUUAUAGCCAAACUGUAGAACAUAGAUCCUUACCAUUCACCACUUCCUGUUAAAAGUUUGUUCAGUCAUUUUUCUAUACCGAUCCUUGCUGUAGCUCUCACAACAGACAGGAUCUGUUACAUCUUAUAUGUAUGUAUUGCUAAUUACUGUGGCACCUAGCUUUUGUUUACAGUAAAAUGAUCAGUGACUGGUUAAGCAUUAGAAAACUGCUUCUUAUCUGCUGGACUUUGGUAAAAAUCCUCCCUCCUAAUGUGAACAAAUAAUUUCAGUAUUUGCAGAGCAUUUUACUACACAGUUGCACUGAUGUUGGCUUGUGAAUAAGUUUGUUUUGCUUUAUUUGCUCAUUUUUAACAGAGGUAAUUUUGGGGGGGAUUUACUAUGCUACUGAAUAAUCUUUCUGAUGUGGGAUAAAUGUCCUCAGGCUUGUUUGCUGGUGGUGAUGGAUGGGUAAACUGGUGCACAAGUCCUGUGUUUUAUGUGCUACAGUGCUGGAAGACCGACGAAUGUGUAUGGUUGUGUAUGAUGCAAAUAAACAAAAGUUGUAUAUA